AUGCUGACGCAGUAUCAUAAACUUUGUUGCAAUAUUCCUCUAAAGAUCCACUUCCUUCAUUCCCAUCUGGAUUUCCUCCCUGACUUCCCUGGUAAGUGUGGUAUGGUUAGUGAUGAACAUGGCGAACGUUUUCAUCAAGAUUUG